AGACCACUUAUUCCUAUCCUGGAAAAACUUCUUCGGUUGUGUUAGUGCAGUUGUUGUUGGAGCUGCAAAGUCAACUAGCUUGGGAAAGGGGGAAAAUAUGGUAACAUACAGACAGUUCCUAACAGAAGAAGGAAAACUCUAACUCCUCACAAAUGCUUCUUGUCAGAAUGAAAUUCCAACAGCUGCUGUCCAGGAAACCGGGGAAACUGGGAAUGCUUUUUCAAAUACCUUUUUGCCAAAAGCAGUUCCCAUAUAUGUGUCUGGCUACCUCCGCAUGUCUUUAUAGUAAGAAGAAAAAAGCGAACAGUUAUGAACAAGUUGACCAAGAAAAAUACAAGAGCUUGGUCUACUCUGUUACAUCUUACAAAACCAGCACCCAAACACCAGAGACAAUAUUUGAAGAAGACAAUUUGUUAUAUGGGCCACCGGAUAAACAUAGACCUCCAAUUAAAGCUGAAACAAAAACUCCCAAGAACUGGAUUCCUUUAAUAAACCCCAACAAGAGAAUACCCCUUCUCAACAGUGAUUCAAACCUCCCCAUGAAAAUCGCUUUACAAAAAACGAAAAUGCCCAGUGUUACCCGUAUUCUUCAGCAGACUAUUUCUCCGCAGCAAACCUUUUAUUUAGAAAGAUGGAAGCAGAAAAUGAUACUGGAACUUGGAAAAGAUGGUUUUGCAGAGUAUACUAAAAAUCUUUUCCUCCAAGGAGAGCUCUUUCAUGCAGCUUUGGAAUCUAUAUUCCUGUCUGAAGAGAUGGCAACUAAGGAGCAGAGAGAAGAUGUUGCUAUUUCUGGCUACUUAUCAAGUGUGCAACAUGUCUUAAAAGAUAUCAGCGAAGUGAAAGCUCUGGAAAGUGCAGUUCAGCAUGAGACUCUUCAGUAUCUGGGCCUGGUAGACUGCGUGGCUAAGUAUCGAGGCCAGUUGUGUGUGAUUGACUGGAAAACUUCAGAGAAACCAAAGCCAUCUCUGAAGAAUACUUUUGACAACCCAUUACAGGUUGCAGCGUAUAUUGGAGCCAUAAAUCAUGAUGCCAAUUAUGACUUCCAGGUUAGCUGUGGACUCAUUGUGGUUGCCUAUAAGAAUGGCUCUCCUGCACAUCCACAUUUCAUGGAUCCCGAUCUGUGCUCGCAGUACUGGAGUAAGUGGCUUUUGCGCCUUGAAGAGUACACGGACAGAAACUGACCCACACUAAGCUAUCCGGAG